AAAACACAAGUGAAAAUACUAAAUAUUGUUUUUGUUGCCAUUUUUAGGUUAGGUCAAAUCUGUCAAGUAUUUGUCAAAAAUGGCGUAUUUCUUAUUUCUGGCUUGAGAGGGCGCUGCGAUUAGUGCUCAAGAGAAAUGUCAUUUCGUCGCAAAAAUGGUUGAGUGAUGUUGUCGAGUUGAGACAUUUGAUAAAAAUUGCGAGAUUUUUACGAGAACACAAGUGGAAAAAUGUGUUUUAAAAUGUGACAUGUCAUUUGGUUAAAUCUCAAUUUCGUUGAAAGUGUUGUGCACAAGACAACUGUUUAGUGUGUUUCAGUGAAUGAUGUUUUUGUUUUUGUGAAAGAUUUGCAAAUUAUGGAAAAACCAUGGGGAGUUUUGGGUCUUUACAUGGGGCUACUGUUUUGUGGAUUAUGUAAUGGAUUGCCCAUUAAUCUGGAGAACACCGUAGCAGAUUCUCACACCCAAUUGCUGACAGGACUGGUGGCAGUUUUAUUAACUGUUUGCAGUGUGGUGUUUCUGGCAGGCUGUUUGUGCUGUCAACGAAGGAAAGGAUUUAAGGAAUUCCGGGAUAGUCCUGUUGUGGCUUCAACAGCUUCGAAUUUAGAUCAUGGUCAUGUUAAUCCCGUUGCUAAUGGUGAAUUUACAAUAUUCACCCCUCUGUCGCCCCCACAUCAAAACAAUAACGUAUUUCUUGCCAAUCAACAAAUAAUUACUCGUACUCAGGAGGACUACGUUUUCGGAGAUGUUGAUGUUAGUUCGUGGUUCAAUGGCACUGAAACUGAUUUUCCGCGAAUUAAACUAAAGUACAUAAAAGAAAUUGGCAAAGGAUGGUUUGGAAGAGUCGUUGAAGGUGCAGCCCAAGAUAGUGAACAAAAAUGGACACCUGUAGUUGUUCGUAUUUUAGAAGCUACAGCUUCGAAACGUGAACGAGUCGUAUUUUUACACGAUGCAUCCAUUUAUCGAUGUGGUCCACAUCCAAAUAUUUUGAAAUUAAUUGGAAGAUGUUUGGAUACAGUUCCACUUUUACUACUACAAGAAUUUUGUCCACAGGGUGAUCUUAAAAAUUACCUUCGACAAAAUAAAUCAAACGCUGAGAAAUUAUUAUCAACGGAAUAUCCUUUAGUUUGGUGUUGCCAACUUAGUUCGGCUUUAAAAUUCCUCCAUGAAAAUAGACUGAGUCAUCCGGAUUUGGCGGCAAGAAAUUGCCAAUUGACGUCAAAUUUAACGCUGAAAUUGGGUGAUUACGGUUUAGGUGUUUUUCAGUAUCCUGAAGAUUAUUAUUUGGGUGCGGUGGGUGUUUCAGUAAGAUGGUGUGCACCUGAAACAUUAUCUUACACUAGUACAACAAUCGAACCUAAGAAAGUAACACUUGAAGCUAAUAUUUGGUCAUUUGGUGUAACAAUGUGGGAAAUUUGUGAAUGUGGUGAACAACCGUAUUUUUCUUUGACUGAUGAUGAAGUUAUUUCACAAGUUUUGGGGUCACAGAAAGUUCGAUUAAGUCGGCCUAAGUUUCAAAUGUUGUACAAUGAUUACAUUUUCCGGUUGAUGCAACUUUGUUGGACUAAUAGCGAAUCACGUCCAGCAAUGUCACAAAUCGAUUUAAUGUUAAGUGAUCUUCUUCAAGUUUACAAAAACACAAAAUUGGAACCAAAUGAUUUUGAUAAACGUUGGGAGGCAUUUAAACCCAACAAUAUUGUCAAAACUGAUAAUACUGAAAUGGAUUUAGACGAUUCAGAAAUUGUCACGAAAACUUUAUCACCUAGUUUAAAUAAUUUGCACGGUUCGCUUGAUAAUUUAGAUUUACAAAUGGAGUCUUGGUUGGAGAAUGUGGCGACUAGAACUGGAGAUAUGUCAUAUGUGAAAGGACUCUCUGAUGCUAUAAAAGACUUAGAUAAUGCUAUAGCUUUGGAAACUAGUACUAGUACCGAAUCGAGUCCGAAAAUCGAGUUUAAGCUUGGACUUGAAAGGCCUAGUAGUGGUAGCGAAACCGAAGAGGAAAACUGGAAGAAGAAAAUCGAACGUGGAGCUUAUUCGGAAAAAGUGCGUCAAAAAUCACGUUCAGUGGCCGAUCUCAUGAUUUUGACACAUAUCGACCAAUCGGAAUCCGAAUCUGAAACCCCCUUGCCUAGUUUAGACUAUAGAACGAAUUAUAAAAAUGUUAGAUAUGCGCCUAAACAAAAUUUAGAAAGUUGUAGUUUGAUGUUUGGUAGUGAAGGUAAUCUAUUGAGUGUGCAAGAAACGUUUCAGGAAGAAUUGAAGAAAUUACAGGAGGAAAGAAGAGAUAGUCUGCUUUUUGUACCUGAAAAUAGUAGUCAAAAUAAGUUAAGUGAAGACUCUCCUAGUAAAAGAAUCUUGCAAGAGUUAAAUGACACUAGUGAAAUCAAACCAGCUAAUCAAGUGUUUAAUGUGUUCAAUGUUACCAUAGAUAACUACAGUCCUGUACGAUUGAAUCCUUCGAAACUGGACGAGAUUAUACAUUUCAAAGACGAGUUUGAGGUUCCGAAAUUGGCCGAUAUUAUUCGAAGUAAUAGUGAACUUGUUGAUUAUCUCAAAAAUUCGGAUUUUACGAAAACCGAUGAUAUUUUAGAAGUAAUGUACGAUUCGGGAGUGGAAGGAGACAAAGUUGAAUCAACUGAAUCACUAAAAGAUGAGAAACUCGAACAUAUCACAGUAAAUGUCGAAAAGCAAGAAAGAAAAAUUUACCAAGUGCCAAAACUGGUCGAUUUGAUACAAGAUAACGACGAUUUAAUGGACUACAUAAUCGCCAGAUAUGAAACUGAGAGUAUUGGAAAAAUGACUGACAGUUUAGAUAGUCUUGAAACACCGAAUGAAUUAAUAGACACAACCAAAGAAAUAAAUACGAAAGUGGCAUUCGAUUUAAGCGAUAGUCAAGACGAGGCAAUGCCUAAUAGUUUAACUCAUUCGAGUGUUUUAACAAGCACACCGUUUGGUAAAAAGAGUUUACCAGAAUUACCAGUUCGUGACACUUUUUCAAGCUUAAAUUUGUUUGAAGAUUCGGACAAGGAGAAAAUUCCAGAAACAUCAAAUCUGUAUUCGUUAGAAACUUGGGAUAAUUUUUUGGGAAAAACACUUGAUAGUCAAACUGAAUCUCAGGAAAAUGAAUUGUUUGAUAGUUUCUCAUCGGAGCCGCAGAGUUUAUUGUUUAUUGACGAGAAUGAUUGUACAUACAAAGUCGAGAAAGAUGCGACUUUUGUGAAGGAGAAGAAUGAGGUUGAUGUUAAUGAUAUUAAUGUGGAAAUUGAAGCGGAUGUCAAUGUUGGAGAAAACGGUUCAUGGGACACUAAUGGGAGUGGUUGGUUCCUUCAUCCACAAUCUAGUGAUAUUUCUGGGGAAAUUACGGUUUCGACGGCUGGUACUGAUAGUUAUGUUGGGUUUAAUGUAGAUGAUGAAAUUAUGGCGGCGAUUCGUACCGAGCUUUUAAAUAAAUUACCACAAGCACAAGGCGGAUCAAAUGGAGUGGUUCCGGAUGAAGAAGAAUGGGAUUCUGUCGAAAGAAACGAAGUUUUUCUUAGGUACAAUGUUUAUAACACGCCGUUAUCACCAAUACCGGAAGAAAGUUUACUUGAUGAUAAUUCAUCCAACUAUACCCCAAGACAAGAGGAAAGUGAUGACGAAGACAGCGACUGGUCAGACCAAUGCGAAGGCGAGGUUUUGCCCCCUGAAAUGGAAACCCAAACUCUCGAAAGUCCAAUUCAUCCCGAACGUCUCCAUAGACACACUCCAAGUCAAGAUUCGUGUUGUUCAAAUGACACACUUUUCAACUUAGAAGAACUCACAUUUGGUGUUAAUGACUCAGAAAGGGACAAUAAUUCCCCAACCCCUCGAAUCACCGAAUGUGAAUCACAAAAUGUGCAACAAGUUGCAAACAACAUGAUGAUUCAUGACGUAAACAAUGACUCAAAAGUUGGAGUCUUAAAUGAGAAAUUUGAUAGUGAUAAUUCGGCGAGUGGGUGUAAAACAAAUGAUGCUAGUGAUACAGUGAAAGAAAGUAGUGAAAUAACAGAAAUUAAACGUUCCACAAUUGAGUUUCUAGCACGUGAAAGAGAACACGAUUGUUCGAAAACAAGCGAAGAAUCAAAUUCGGAAUCAACUGAUCAUCUUUCAGUUUUUAUUAAUAAACAGGUGGCACCACUGCCAUCACCGGAGGAUAACCCUUGGAAACAAUUACCUGCGUCAUUAUUGAGUUACGACAAGGUAAUGUUAUUACCAUCACCCGAAACGGUUGAUAAAAAUGAUAAAGGAGGAGAAAAUCUCUAUGUCAAUGUUCCUGAAAAUAAUUACGAAAACGUUGAGAAUUUGGAUGAUUAUUACAACGAGGCUGAUUAUGUGAAUCUAGUGAAUUUAGAAAAUACGAAAAAUUCGUCUGAUUUUAUCAACAAUAAACAAAUUAAUAUCAUGAUUGAGGAUACGAGUGAACGUAGUAGUCCCGAUUAUGUUAAUAACGAUUUAAUUAUUAAUAAUGAUGAUGAUGAACAGGAUAUUUUUGGGGUUUUAACUGAUAUUAGAUUUAGUGGACCAACUGAUAGUCAAAUGAUGUCGACAUCAUUUAGUGAAAGUAAUGAUAAUGAUGAACAGGAUUGGGAUAGUGGAUCGGAUACGAGGUCUAGUUCAAGUGGAGAAUUUAUAUGGAAGGAGGGUGAGCACGAAGAGUCUCUCAAGGCCUUACGCGCCGCCCCACAAGAUGUGUUGGAAGAUAUUCGUCCCAUGGAAGGUAUACAAGAAGAAACUUCCAGUGAGAGUAGUGAGAGCGAUGAUGAUGGUGAAAGUCCCGAAUUCGUCCCAUCAGCAUGGGACAAAUAUGCCAUACCAGCAAAAUCUGCACUAAGAUCUCCUGAAAAAACACUAGAAAAGACUGAAAAAAAAAAAUCAAAAGGUGUUUGGUUCAAAAAACAAAAAUAUCAUUGUGUUUAUGAAUAUCCACGAGAACCUGAAAGUCCUGUACUUCAAAGUUUUGAUUUAUGGAAGCCACAGUCCGAUUUUAGUUCCUUUGACGACUGGGAACUAGAUGGCACUGAUUCUUGCAUUCCUUCUGAAACCCAGGACGAUUUCGAUUUUUCCCAAAAUUACUACCAACCGAAACCUAGUAAAAAUUUAAAUUUGUAUCAACUGAGUAGCAUAGCAGACUUUAAUUCAAGCGAAUCAGGAAUGGACGAUGAAUUUUUCAUAAGUAGUUCAUCGAAACCCUUCGACAUGAUCACCGGCUUGAGUUCACAAUUCUUCCCUGGAAAUUGGAGCGAUUUCACCACCAAAACCACCGAAAAUGCGACCCCAGAUAGUGGAGUUGAAGACAUCACCCCUAACGAAUUCACCCAAUUUAGAAACGUCAAAUCUCUAAAACAAUUAGCCUCCGAGGCGGUAAAAAAGAACAAAAAAGAAGAAACCCGAAAUCAUGACAUGUUGGGCGGUUUGAGACACACUCGAAAUAGACUAAAACUUGAUUUACCCCCCAGUCCGAGUGCUUUCACGUCGAAUAAAAUGUUUAGUAUUGAGCCGGUGAUCGAUCCGGUGAUUCACCGAGAAAAACCGACGUUUACAACGUUCGGGAAAAGUCGGUUUUUAGUACAACAUGUUGACACACCACCCGAUGAUGAAGCAAAUGAUAGUAAAAACGUUUCAUUUGAAGCUUUACCAUACAAACCGCUCCAGAAACAAAUAAUCAAAGAAGAUUUUAAUACGAGUAGAGAGAAAAACAAGGUGGAAAUUGUGAGAGGAGAAGCGAGUCUCUUAGAUAGUGCCGACGAGGAUAGUGGAAUUGAAUCAAGCACUCUUGAAAGAAAACUAACAAAUCCUGUUUAAGUUUGUCUUACCAUUUUUUUCUUUAAUAAAACUUGAUCAGGUCCUUUGAUGCCUUAAACUGAAAAAGGCAGGCUAGAUAGAGAAAAUUAGAUUAGCGAUAGAGAAAAUCAGCUUUAAACCACGAGUUUUUCAUUCUUUCAUUAACAUGUUGAUUACUCUACUUUUGUGAUAUUGUUUUUGUUGAAAACGUCUAGACUGUGCGAAGAAACAUGAGUUUACAAAACUUGCCUAGUCUAGAUGACGGAAAUAACUCGAUGUACAAACUUAAAUUUGGCGUCCAAGUGUUGUAGUUUUGUAAACACUCAGUAUUUGUAUAGACUUUCGUUAUGUUACUGAAAUCAAUCAAAUUAACGUUUAAUGUUAACUCAUUUAAAUUGUGCCCCUUAAUAUAUUGUGGUUAAUAAGAUUUAUUUUUUAUUUUGUAGAUAAUUGUUGUAGAAUAUGUCCGUAUCGGACCUAAUAAUGUGAUCGGCUAUUCAUAUUUCUUGUACUUGUAGUAAUUGUAUUGUAAUAUACUGUAGUAAGUUAUAUUAAUAAACAUUUUAUUCAGAA